UCUUAAUAAUUUCUCUUCUGAAAUGAAAAGAGUCUGAAAUCUAAAUCUGUAGAUCUACCAAAAAUCAGUUGAAAGGAAACGAAGACAAAGAAAUCAGAAAUGGCAGCACCAGACCAUCUCUUCAGUCUACGAAACAACUUCUACUUGGGAGCUUACCAAGCCGCUAUCAACAACAGUGACCUCCCCAAUCUCUCCCCAGACGACGCCGUCGAGCGCGAUUGCCUCGUUUACCGUUCUUACAUUGCUCUCGGCAGCUAUCAGCUCGUUAUCAAUGAGAUCGACAAUUCGGCUGCCACUCCUCUCCAGGCUGUGAAAUUGCUUGCCUUGUAUCUCUCAAGCCCUGCUAACAAGGAAUCCACUAUUUCAAGUUUAAGAGAAUGGCUUGCUGAUUCAGCCAUUGGAAACAACGCUAUUUUGAGGCUCAUUGCUGGAACUGUAUUCAUGCAUGAGGAAGACUAUAAUGAGGCUCUAAAACACACAAAUGCUGGUGGGACUUUGGAAUUGAACGCAUUGAAUGUCCAAAUAUUCCUCAAGAUGCACAGAUCAGAUUAUGCAGAGAAACAGUUGAGGGUCAUGCAGCAGAUUGAUGAGGACCACACACUUACUCAACUUGCAAAUGCAUGGUUGAAUUUGGCAGUUGGUGGCUCAAAGAUACAGGAAGCAUAUCUCAUCUUCCAAGAUUUCUCUGAGAAGUAUCCAAUGACGAGCUUGAUCUUAAAUGGGAAAGCAGUUUGUUGCAUGCACAUGGGAAACUUUGAUGAAGCUGAGACAUUGUUGCUUGAAGCACUGAACAAGGACGCAAAGGAUCCGGAGACUCUAGCUAAUCUGGUAGUAUGCAGUCUCCACCUUGGUAAACCUUCGUCACGUUACCUCAGUCAAUUGAAACUUUCACAUCCAGACCACAUACUUGUUAAACGUGCAACAUACGCCGAGGAGAACUUUGAAAGAGCGGUCCAAUCGGUUGCUUGAUGUACCGUUGGUUUUUGGCAAGUGUGAAGGUUGUUAAUUCACUCUUGUCGCAGCUGUUUUUGUCUGGUUAUGUAACCUACAACAAAUACACAAUUGUUAGCGAAAGUAUCUGUUGAAAUAGAGCUCAAAUCGAGUUAGUAAUGACAUUUUCGAGGCCUUUUGGACAAGGAAACAACUGAUAUAUCAAUUAUUUUUAGUGAUUUGAUUUCAUUUGUUCUGGACUUUGAGUGGUGUUGCAUAUAUUUUAGAGAGUGAAACAAUCCAUUUUGGAUAUAAUUGAAAUUCUGCAUUCUCAA